AUGGGUAAUAGUGUCCUUUCCUCACUAUCGGUGGAUACACCUUUUCUUCCGACCCCUCAAGACUUGAGCCUUGUACUCCUAUCAGACCAAGACCAUAUAUACACCCUGAAAUGCCCACAGGAGGUAGUGGCAGCCAUAAGGGGAGCGUUGGGUCCUGGAGCUAUCAAAAGGAAUGGGCUCUCAGCUAAGGCGAAAGGGCUACAAAAAUUCACUUUAACGAGAUGGUUGUGGUUGAGCAGCGGGACUGACACUGUGAAGACUCGUAUGAUUGUUAUGAAUAUUAUUGCGGCGAUUGAGGAAGUUGGCUGGGAGGUCGCAGUCGAGGUCGAUUUGUCUCGCUCUGGGUUUUUGCGAGGAUGGGUUUUGAGACGGCGCUCUGGGUCAGCGCCAGGAAGGCAUCUUAUGGUGGGCUUUCAUGAUACUGAUGAUGUGAGGAUGUUGAUCAUGGAUGACGGUACUAGAGUUAAUGCAGUCCAAGAUGCGAUUCGGGAGGGUAUUUCGAGGGCAUGGAAAAUAUCCGAAGAGUCUGAGUAUGGUGGUUCGUAUGAGUUCAAGUUGUCGGGUAACCCUUUCUGUGCUAGUGGGGAAUCCACGGUAGCAGUCCGAGAGAUGGUACUUGGAAUAUGUGACCAGCUCGGGCGGGCUCAAGGGUAUGUUUUACACAAUUCAUUUAUAUUAUCGACUCGUAAGGGAUCUCAGGCUAGUUUGGUAUUCAAGACUCUAUCUGAUAAUGGUAGUGACCCUCGUAGUAGAAGGCAUGAAAGCUACCUGGGGGUGAGUCUUAAUGAUGGGGAUGAUAUAAGGCUGGUUAUGGCCCCUGGCCAAGAGAUGGAUUUCGUGGCGCGUGACGAAAUUGGUCGAGCUAUUGUUGAAGCGUGGCCCAGAGGUAUCCAGAGGCAGGGUAUGUAUGGAGGCAUAGUUAGCUCUCGAACCGCUCUGGCUGCCGGGUUGAUUCUCCUAACUAUAGUAGAUGCUUUGAAUGAGCUGGGCUGGGAGGUGAAGGCCUCUCUUGACAUAUCGGGUAAAGUGAGGCAUCGGACUCGGAAGGAUCGUCCUAAUGAAACUGAGAAGCAGGACUUAUCGUCGUUAUACUUUCUCAAAGCGCAUUCCGCGUGA